GCUGGUUACCGAUAUGUAACCUCACCCAUUCGCCUUUGAGUCGUCUCACAGUGAACGGGGCGCACACAUCUCCGUGCUUUGACAAGUUGGAAUUUCUCCACUUGACAUUACUUUUGUUUUGAUCCACUAUUUGUACAGAAAAUUCCUAUGACAAGGAGGAUAUUACACUGAAACAGGUAAAGACUUUAAUUGAAGAUAAUGUGUGUUAUGUGGAUGCUAAAAUUCACUUGUUAGGGAGAGUUUCAAAUUUGCCCCUCAAUUGUUGAUCUUUAAAUUGAGAUUUGUAAUGUAAAUGAGAAAAUAAUGCUAUUCAGAAGACUAGGCAAACUAUAAUUCAGUAAUACAAAAAGUUGAAAUAUUGAAAGUAUAAUGUUUCAGUUAGGCCUAGUUGACUUUGCUUUGUCAUUCAGCUGUUGGGUAUAAAAACAUAAACAAAAAUAUGUACAUCUGUUUUGUUUAGCUGUAAAAUAAAAUAUUCUGUUAGUUUGGUACUCUGACUUUUUAAUGUCAGUCUACAUGAGCAUAAAGGGUCUAACAUGACCAAACGUCAAAGAAAUCCAGAUCUUCUUUUAAAACACAGAUUAUUUUAAUUUUAACACACAGAUUCUUCUAGCACAUUGUCAUGGUAUUUAGUGGCAGCUGAGUAUAUACUGUUAGACCAAAAUAGGACUUCACUUGCCAGGCCUAAAUGUAUUGGUUAACUAUGAUAUGGCAGUUCAAGUUAUUCUAGGCAAAUCCUUGCAUGAAAUGUGGGGUCAAGAAAAGUAUUCAUGGGUGUAACUAGGUCAGGGUAAUGCAAUAGACUGUAGAUCAUUUUUAGGGUAAUAACUUCUUCUUGCCAACAUGUAAUACUCUAAAUUAUUACAUAUGAGGUCAUGAUUGAUACAAUAGGCUACUUAAAUGUAUAUACCAUAUAGAAGUGCUUGAACAAUACUAUAAAAAUGCCUGGAAUUAUAUUUUUUAAAUGGUAUUUGUAUUUCAGCAAAGGCCUACAACUUCUUUGUAGAGAGAUGGUGACUUGGGCAAUGUGUUCGCUUACUGCAUCCCAAUAUUGUAUCAUUUUGAUUAGUGUCCAAUUGUAAUAUACACAGAGACAAUUUUGCGAUAAAAAGGGUAUAAUUUUUUAACAUUUACAUUAAUUAUCGCCUUUAUUAUCAUGCCUGGUUAUCACAGCUGGAUUGAAGAGGGCAGUGCAUUCUGAUGACCAAAUCCACAUCUGUAACAGAUGUACUGAUCCCAGUCUAAUGGUACAUUGGUCGAGAUAACAUGUUAGGAAGAAGCCUUGGGUUAUUCAUAUAUUGGUAGAAUCCAGUUAAUUACCUGUUACUCUCAGACUGGUAAUCCAUACCAUCAACAUCAUAGUAGUUGUCGUAAUCAAGGUAGUUGAUGUGAUGUGUGCCAACACAGCUGUUCAUCAGGUGUGCAAUGGGAAAUCGAUCUAAACUUGAACUCAAAGUCAAAUUUGCAACAGGUGGUCCUUUUGACAAAAAGUAGUAUGUAUUAUACUCUGUUUAGUAGGCCCCUAUAAUCAACAUUUGGCCAACAUUUGGUACAUUUAGGCCUACCCUUCAAGCUUUCAAUCCAUGAAUCAAUCAAAUCAAUUAAAUUUUAUUUGUUGGCCUAUCUCUUUUUUUGAAGUACUUUGUUAACCGCAAACCCCUGACUGUUUACUUCAGUAUUAUUACCAACUGAAUUGAUAAGAACAGAUUCAAAAUGUACAGCCAUGCCAGAUGCCAAGCUUAGAUUUCUAACACACUGAUAAACAGUAACCGUUUUAGUGUCUGAUGACUCUAUGGCCCAAACAUCUCUUGCUUAUCCGAUUGUCUGGUACUAAGUCUGGCCGUUUUGUCAAGGCGACAUAUGGCUGCCGACCCAACUCUGUCCCACCGCAUAUCACUCAUCAGAAAUAGCCAUCACAUGGCCUGGACACACAAGUGGGCUAUACUUAGCGUUCUGACCCUGCACAUUGUGCUGUGGCUCAGCAUACAGGGGGAGGAGGGGGAGGGGGAGGGGGAGGACGAGGAGCACUCCUUUCCUCCCCCAAACUGCAGCAGCCAUGAGGUGCCCUUCUCCCCAAACAGACAAUCGCAAGACUUCAGAUGCUCUGCAAUUCUAUUUAUUUAUAAUGCGAUAUUGUGUAGGCAGGGUAUUAAUUAAUCAAUCUAAUGUAUUUUAUAGAGCCCUUUUACAGCAGUUGUCACAAAGUGCUUUACAGUGUAAUAUGUAGGGUAGUAAAACAAUUACAGAUAUUCAAAGUUACACACAUUCUUGAAGUCCAUAUAGGUCUAGUCAUUUACCACGCCAGAUUUCAGAAAGGGCAAGUCGUAAUGUUUACCGGUAAAAUUGUUGCCUAAAUGUUGUAUUCAAUAUAGUUCAUUCAAUCAGCUCAAUCUGAAAUUCAUCAUUGGUAGACCUGUCUUACCAUUACGUAAUACGUCUUUGAUGAUGGCUGAGAGGAAUGAGACUAAAUUUAGCUUGCAUUUUCUGGGGGAGGAAGUUUGAAUAUGGGGCAGAGGAGCUUAAUAAACAUUUUAAAGGGAUAUAAAUAUAAUAAUAUAAUAAUAAUAAUUAAUAUUAUUAUUAAUAUUAUUAUUAUUAUUAUUAUUAUUAUUAUUAUUAUUAUAUUAUAUAAAUGAUGAAUAAUACAUUAUUAUGUGAAGAGAAAGAAGUUGUUAUUGUACCAUACCGUAAUGGUGCUUUUCUUUUUUUGACAGGUAACAUUUGAAGAGGGCCCUGUCAAUUUGUCAGAGUGGCGCAAACAUGACUGAGGUGGCACAGAAUGUUGCUGAUGUCGAAUACGACAUGACUGAUGUGGCACAUGACAUGAACAAUGUGGCACACGACAUGAGUGACAAGGCACACGAUAUGAAUGAUAAAGCACACGACGACGUCGCAACCGAGUGGCACGGGCUUGUGGCACACAAAGAGGACGAUGCCGCACACGACGAGCAUGAUGAGGCACAUAGCGAGAAUGAGGAAGAGGUUCACACCGAAGAGGACGAGGUUCACACAGAGCCUGAGGAGGAUGAGGAAGAUGAGCCACACAACAUGAAUGAGAUGGAGCACAAAGAAAAUGAAACGGCAAAGGACAAGCCAAUGCAAAGAUCAAGAUCGAGGAAGGACAAGAAUGAUGUGGCACAAAAUGGUGUGGCUCAUGACACGGACAAUGAAAAAGAGAAAGAAGAGAAAGACCAGUUACAGAACAUAUCUGAAGUGGCACUGAAACAAGAGGUGAGGCACGGCCAUAUCCUUUGAGUUUAUCCCGUUGGUGUUGAUGUAUUAUCUUACAAUAAGGUUUACUUCUGUUCAAUAUGAAAUAUAAUAGAUUGUUGAGCCAAUCACUGAUGUUACAUUAGGGAGUGACUGCCUGUAGAUCUUUCAUAACGUUUCUGUAACGUUCAACUGAAUAGCACUAUUGAAAACGUGUUUGAGUUCUGAGACUCUCAGCCCUAUGGAUCUCACUCCUAUGAAUCUUUCCAUUAGCACACUCCCAAUCCUUUACAACAUUUUACAUUAACACUUGCAUCUUCAUCUUUCUCCAGAGACUCCUGCGCUCCAAAAAGCCGGUGGCCAGGAGCUACGUGCCCCAGAUUGGUAAGGCUGAUGUGAAGAACAAGUUUGAGGCCAUGCAGAAGGCUAGGGAGGAGCGCAACAGUAGGAGGAGCCAGGAGGAGCACCAAAAGAGGAAGGAGCAGUAUGUCAAGGAGAGGGAAUACAACCGCAGGAAGCAACAGGUCGGAGGUCAAACAAGACAGAGAUAACCCCAACUAACUGUGACCUGCAUGGCAUGGAGCACUAGCCUCAACAACAGCAGUGUGGGUGUACUGGAGAACUUAAAACAUCAUCACAUCACUUUGUACAGAGACAUUUUUGAUUUGAUUGAAAUACCUUAUAGUUGUGUUUGGUUUGUGCUUCUAUCCAUCUAAGGCAAUUUUCCUUAAAACAUGGGGAUUAAUGAUAACAUACUAAAUCAAUUGUCUAUUUUAUGUAUGUUGUCCUUCAUCACAAGCUGUAUCACAGGAUGCAUCGUGGUAAAACAAACAGUGUCUGAUACGAGGGAUUAACACAUUGAUACUCAGGAGGGGGGAAGAAAAUGCCCUGUACUAUCGUAGCCAACUCUCCGAGACGGGAUGCCUACAUGUUGAUCUCCCCCCAUGUCACAACCGCAUGAUCCAAUCAGAGGCCUCCCUGCAGGUCACAUGCAUGUGCAAUUACACAGGAUUAGGGCCUUGAGAACUUGCUGGGACCAGCAUGGCUCCUGAGGUGGCCAGCGUGCAAAGCAGAUUAUCCCAGAUAAACCGGUAACCUCUCAGCAAAGCUCUCCCUCUGGUCCACCACAGAUAAAAGAACUACUCGCCUCCAGUGAUGAGGAGGAGGAGGUGAAGCCGGCCAAGAUAGAGAAAUCCUACGUCCCCAAGAUCACAGGUAGGAAAUGGGGGUAUUGUUGAGGGUGUGGAGGGGGGCAGGUGGGCUGGGAGAGGGUUGAGGAGGAGGGCUUGGUUCUAAUUAUCAACUCACCCCUGGGUCGAAUUCAUUAGGCAACAAACUGAAGGAUAUGGACUAAAACAGGGAGGGACUACCUGGACUUAUCUGAUAAGGAACGCUCAUUUUCAAUUCCAGUUGCAAAACGUUUUAAAGCGUUGCAUGCCUAAUGAACACAACCCUGUUGUUUGUGCCGUGGUCUCAUCUUCAUCAUCAUCAACAUGUGGGGUCUACACUCUAUAGGUAGCGUGAAGGGGAAGUUUGCUGAGAUGGAGAAGCAGAGACAGGAGGAUGAGAGGAAGAGGAUGGAGGAGGAGAGGAAGAAGCGCGCCACCCAGGACAUCAUGGAGAAAGCGAAGAUGCAGAAGGAGCUGGCCAAGAAAGCCGCAGAGGUAAGCUUGCGGGAUUCCUUCCUUGGGACAGGUAUACUGUAGUGUAACUUAUAGGGGAAGUGGGACAGUAGGGCUGGAUUGCUCAGUCGCUGCCUCUAUUGAGGGACUGGCCUCCAUCUAUGUGUAAUCAGCCAGGUAAUCCUCAGCUGCCACCCAGAUGAGUUAUUUUAAGUGCCAUUUGAAAGGCUACCAGUUGAUGCAGGUUGAAGGGAAAUCCUGCAGUGGAGUCCAGUGGAGCUGCGAGCCACAGCAGCUCUGAGAGCACAUAUUCAGGUCAUAUGCUAUGAAUUUUGGGUGUAUCUGUCAAGUUGAACAAGGUUUCCCUCACUAGUCAUCAGGUAGUGGCUUUAGUAUCCUUAGAAUGGAUCACAAACAAAAUAGCUGCUUCGAAAGCAUUCAGCGCUGGUUGCAUUGACGCUUUAUGAAUUAACGCUAGCUGUAGCUGUAGCCAUGCCAAACUGGACCGAAGCCAGUUCACAAAAUUGUUGUUGACCUACAGUGAGGGAAAAAAGUAUUUCAUCCCCUGCUGAUUUUGUACGUUUUCCCACUAACAAAGACAUGAUCAGUCUAUAAUUUUAAUGGUAGGUUUAUUUGAACAGUGAGAGACAGAAUAACAACAACAAAAAUCCAGAAAAACGCAUGUCAAAAAUGUUAUGAAUUGAUUUGCAUUUUAAUGAGGGAAAUAAGUAUUUGACCCCUCUGCAAAACAUUACUUAGUACUUGGUGGCAAAACCCUUGUUGGCAAUCACAGAGGUCAGAUGUUUCUUGUAGUUGGCCACCAGGUUUGCACACAUCUCAGGAGGGAUUUUGUCCCACUCCUCUUUGCAGAUCUUCUCCAAGUCAUUAAGGUUUCGAGGCUGACAUUUGGCAACUCGAACCUUCAGCUCCCUCCACAGAUUUUCUAUGGGAUUAAGGUCUGGAGACUGGCUAGGCCACUCCAGGACCUUAAUGUGCUUCUUCUUGAGCCACUCCUUUGUUGCCUUUGCCGUGUGUUUUGGGUCAUUGUCAUGCUGGAAUACCCAUCCAUGACCCAUUUUCAAUGCCCUGGCUGAGGGAAGGAGGUUCUCACCCAAGAUUUGACGGUACAUGGCCCCGUCCAUCAUCCCUUUGAUGCGGUGAAGUUGUCCUGUCCCCUUAGCAGAAAAACACCCCCAAAGCAUAAUGUUUCCACCUCCAUGUUUGACGGUGGGGAUGGUGUACUUGGGUCAUAGGCAGCAUUCCUCCUCCUCCAAACACGGUGAGUUGAGUUGAUGCCAAAGAGCUCGAUUUUGGUCUCAUCUGACCACAACACUUUCACCCAGUUCUCCUCUGAAUCAUUCAGAUGUUCAUUGGCAAACUUCAGACGGGCAUGUAUAUGUGCUUUCUUGAGAAGGGGGACCUUGCGGGCACUGCAGGAUUUCAGUCCUUCACGGCGUAGUGUGUUACCAAUUGUUUUCUUGGUGACUUUGGUCCCAACUGCCUUGAGAUCAUUGACAAGAUCCUCCCGUGUAGUUCUGGGCUGAUUCCUCACCGUUCUCAUGAUCAUUGCAACUCCACAAGGUGAGAUCUUGCAUGGAGCCCCAGGCCAAGGGAGAUUGACAGUUCUUUUGUGUUUCUUCCAUUUGCGAAUAAUCGCACCAACUGUUGUCACCUUCUCACCAAGCUCCUUGACGAUGGUCUUGUAGCCCAUUCCAGCCUUGUCUACAAUCUUGUCCCUGACAUCCUUUGAGGGCUCUUUGGUCUUGGCCAUGGUGGAGAGUUUGGAAUUUGAUUGAUUGAUUGCUUCUGUGGACAGGUGUCUUUUAUACAGGUAACAAGCUGAGAAGAGGAGCACUCCCUUUAAGAGUGUGCUCCUAAUCUCAGCUCGUUACCUGUAUAAAAGACACCUGGGAGCCAGAAAUCUUUCUGAUUGAGAGGGGGUCAAAUACUUAUUUCCCUCAUUAAAAUGCAAAUCAAUUUAUAACAUUUUUGACAUGUGUUUUUCUGGAUUUUUGUUGUUGUUAUUCUGUCUCUCACUGUUCAAAUAAACCUACCAUUAAAAUUAUAGACUGAUCAUUUCUUUGUCAGUGGGCAAACGUACAAAAUCAGCAGGGGAUCAAAUACUUUUUUCCCUCACUGUACGAUAAUGUGGUAGAUGUCAACAAGUGACAACACACUAGGAAGCAUUAUGCCUAAUGCUUGUAUUCAGUGCUUACUGUACAAUCAUUGUUGAUCUUAUUUCUACUCCAGUAGACCUACAGGAAUUUGUUUCUUGAACAUGGUGAAAGCUACAUAGACUUCAAUCUUCAUUGUCUCCUUUCACUGCAACCUACUGCAUGUACCUAUACUUUAUAGUAGUUAGGAAAAACUUGACGAAGUCUUUAUUGAGCGUGGGAGGUAGCUUUAAUCUGAGCCAGUACUGACCGAGUGAGCUAGAAACAAUUGGGCCACCGUGCUUUCAAGCUCUGCUGCUGCUUGAGGCACAGACACUGCCAGGUGUAGACAACAUGUGACUGGCAACUGUUUCCCACACCACUGACUAAAUUAGCCACUGUUGCACCCCCCCACCCCCCCACACACACUCCUAUUUUAGGUCUGACAUUCACAGACUGACCCACUGCAAAUGGUGGCCAUUAGGUCGAAAGAAUGUUCUCUUUUAUGGGCUGUUAGCUUCUCUCUCUCUCUCUGUGUGUGUGUGUGUGUGUGUGUGUGUGUGUGUGUGUGUGUGUGUGUGUGUGUGUGUUUGUGUGUGUGUGUUUUGUUGGUGGGGAUUUUUCUUUCUAUUUUGACAUAACACAGGCAGGUCUCUCAACUAAUAAUUUCAUAAUGUAUAACAUAGCUUAAGUCCAUUACUUGAUUAUACACAACUACUUCAGCAUUUGUCAAGUUCACAGACCAGGAAAUGGUUUGUGUUGCUGAUGUUUUAUGUGCUAAACCCCCUUUGGGAAUUAAUAUACUACUGUUUUAUUGUAUCUUAUCUCAUGUUAAAUGUAAUUUCCUUUUCUCACAAUGGCUUUUGUCCACUUAUGUCAGGAGGGAGAUGACACCAUCCUGGUCCGCGUGGUGCCGGCAAAGUCAUCACGACCUCCAGGCAGGAUCAAGAUGAACUUUGAGGACCUGGAGAAGAACCGUGAGGAGGAGCUGAAGAGGAGGACGGAGGAGGAGAAGAAGAAGCGCUACGAUGAGAACAGGCACUCCUUCCGCGAGGCCAAGCGGCGCUCGGUCGUACAGGUGUGCUGAGUAGAACCUCUACGAUAGGCUUUGGCAGGACUGGCAGCAUAGCUGUUUUAGGAGGAAAUCUAGGAAUAUCGAAUAUUUAAUGAAAGCCAUUAUAUCCGUGUCAAUCUGUGUCAAUACUUCAAUACAAUACUUCAUGGGAAUAUGGCAGUCUAAGUGUAGAUUGUUUAUGUCAGCCGACAGAGAAGCUUUGACAGGACAAAAAAAAGCUUAGGUGUUUUAAGGAAAAUCUUUCAUGAAAGCUAUUCUAUUUUGUCUGUGUCAAUACUUUGUGGUAAUAUGGGGGUCUAAGUGUAGAUUGUUUAUAUCAAAGUAGGAUGAGGAGCAGCCCACAGAGAAGUAGCUUUGUCAGGACAAAGAAACAGCUUAGGUGUUUCUCAGAAACUAGGAAAAUCUCAUCUUUCAUGACAGCCGUUCUAGUCUGUCUGUGUCAAUACUUCAUGUGGAUAUGGUGGUCUCUAAUGUAGACUGUCUUUGUCAACGCAGGAUGAGGAUGAGGAGCAACCCACAGAGAAGGAACAGGUGAUUCCUGGGAAGCUGAAGAUGACGUUUGAGGAGGCGGAGAAGGAGAGGCAGGAAAGGCUGAGGAAGCAGGCUGAGAGAGAAGCUAAACAACGUCUGCAAGAGGAGAAGAAAGCCUUCGAGGUGGCCAAGCUGGAAAUGGUGACUGAUCUUAGAAAACAUGAUUAGCACAUUUCUUAUUAGCUUAUUGGCACAUCACGUUUCAAUGUCCUGUUCUUUCCUUGUGAGAGCUGAGAAAUUUCCGACGUGCUAGAUAAAUCCUAGAGGUAAAUUAUCUGAGUGGCCAUUCUGUACCAACCCUGCAUAUCCCCUUCAUACAUCCUGCAGUGCUUUUCUGUUGUGCUUUUGAAGUGGCAAGUUGGCUUGUGCCAUCUUUAGGUCUUCUUGAUAAGACUUUUAAAGAAGUAUACUCAAUCCGUCAGCGCUGUUGGUGUGUACAAUGUUGUCAUAAAGGUGAACAUAAUUUCGUAAAUAUGAUAAUAAUAAUAACAACAACAAAAACACAAAAAAACAUAAAACGUAUUAAACACAAUGCAUUCUUAACAGUAGCAUUUAUUUAGCGCUAUGUACAAUCAAGCUUUGAUAAGGUGCUUUGAGGCUCUCCCCGGAUUGAACCUGCGAUGUUGUUAGCACUGUGUUCUAACCAACUGAGCUAUACUUCCCAGCCUUGUGCCUUGUGUGACUUUGGAACUUUAUGUACUUGCAGAGCGAAGAUGAGGAGGACUCACAAGGAGCUCAGGGCGAGAGAGAGGUGAUCCAGCCGGGUAAACUAAGGCUGAGCUUCGAGGAGCUUGAGAAACAGAGGGUAGAGAAUGAGCGUAAGGCAGCAGAGGCGGAGUACAAGAGACGAAUGGAAGAGGAGAGGAGGGCUUUUGCCGAGGCCAGGAAAAGCAUGGUCAGUGAAAGUAAUGUGAUGGUCACUUCACCUGGUCCCAGAUCUGUUUGUGCUGUCUUGCCAACUCCUUUGGUCAUUGCCAUGUCAAACGGCCAUAGGAGAUGGCUAUACAGCACAAACUGAUGUGGGACCAGGCUAAGCCCCUAGCCUGGUCAUUGUGUUUAGAGUUCCUUUUCACACUGAUCCCACCGAGAUGUCAGACACUAGUUUGAGCUCUUUCGUUGUUGUCCCCUUCUCCAGAUAGUGGAUGAUGACGAUGAGUUGUUGCUGGCCAUGCUGAACCUGGAGGGCAGCAAGCCAGGGAAGCUGUGCAUCAGCUUCGAAGACAAGGAGCGUCAGAGGAGAGAGGCGGAGGAGAAGAAAGCAGAGGAGGAGGCCAAGAGGAGGCUGGAGGAGGAGAAGAGGCUCUUCGCAGAGGCCCGCAAGAAUAUGGUAGGACUGGGUAACAUACCCAUAGAGAUCCUGCAAUUCACUAGUGGAAUUUGGCAUCUUAGCAAAUUACGAAAAAUUUGCCAUCUUGUCAGGAAAACAUUUUAUUUUAGAAACUGAUCAAAUAUGGAAUAACUAUGGCAUAAAACAAUACAUUUGUGAAUUAUAGGAUCUCUAUGAAAAUACCUCUGCAGGCAGCACCAGCAUGUGGCUUAUGAAGCCCUGCGCUAACAUGUAGGUUAUAGUAGGCUACGUUCAGAAGGAGCAUGUGAAAAGAUUGAAAUGAUUUUGAUUAAUCGUUUAUUCCUGUUUUUUCAUCAUGAUUUAGAGCCAUAGUGAGUUACGUUUUAUAACUUGUUUUGUGUGUGUAUGUCACAGACGAAUACCUUCAGUUUCUCAUGCUGUGUGAUAUUUUGCACUCAACUUGAUCCAUGUCAUCUGAGCACAUAUCCAAUGUAAUGCUCACACUUUAAACGAACUACAAAUUACAGUUGUUUAUAAAUGAUUUGUGUAGGCCUUAUGAAGUGCUUUAUUAUGACUCCAUAGUUCUUAUAGUUCAUUUAAAGUUAUAGUUCAUUUAAAGUGUGACCAAUGUUGCUAUAAUCUACUGAAAACUAACCACAAUAUUAACAUUUGAGGUAGCCUAUAUUUAAUAUAAGAACUCAAUCUCUAAUUGGUCUCUAAUUGGAGAUGGAUUAAUCUUACAUGAUGAUGUAACGUUACUGAAACGGUACACUUGCAAUUGCUGUUCCUACUUUCAAAUUAUCUUCUUAAAGAGCCCCCUGGAUCGGGAAAAAUCUAAGACUUCAUAUCGAGAUGGAGAAGUAAGAUAUUUUCACUUUCAAAUGACAAUUGUGUUUGUACACUGACUAAGAAGAAAUAACACAGUGUUUCCCAUGAACUGCUAAUACUGUAAGUUCUUAUUGUAAGUCAAAGGUUACGAAUGGAUGUGAAUGGACUGUAUGAAUGGGAUAUUCAGUAGGCAUACUAACACUGCUGGCUUGCUUAAAAGUGGCUCCCCAUCAGUGUGUAAUAGUGUCCUGGUUACUUGGACUGAUUCUACAAUGACGUUCUAGGGCUUUUUACAGUAUCUGAUGAGAAGAUCAAUGUGAUUUGGUUCCUUUAGCUUUGCUGUUCAAUGUAAUUAUGUUGCUUUAGCUUUGCUUUUCAUUGGAUGCUUCACUGUUUGUGAUUCAUUCUGGGAGGGUUAAACCGGUGGAUUAAAUUGUUAUUGGAAGCUGAUAUGAUGAUCGAUUUGUGAUUAAAGAUCAUUUGUGAUUUUCUAUUCUGAUUGGUUUAUAGUGAGAUUGUAAAUGACACCAUGCUCUGUGUUUGUGUGCCGCCAGGUGCUAGACGAGGAAGAGGAAGGGAUGGUCAAGAGUGAAUCCCAGGAAGCAUUGCACCCUGGGAAACUAGAGAUGAACUUCGAGGAGCUGCUGAAGCAGAAGGAGGAAGCCGAUAGGAAGCGCAAGGUGGAGGCGCGCAAAAAGAAAAUGGAGCAGGAGAAACAGGAGUUUGAGCAGCUCAGGCAAGAGAUGGGAGAGGUCAGUCAUCAACAUGGUAUCAGUCUCACAACGCUGUUAACUAAGACCCACAUGGGAAGUCUCAUGGAUAUUGGUAUGGAACUACCAACUGCAGAGAUUGAUGACAAGACGAGGAGAAUCAGGGGCCGUAUUUAUCAAGCGUCUCAGAGUAGGAGUGCUGAUUUAGGAUCAGUUUAGCCUUUUAGAUCAAAAUGAAUACGUUUACAUGGACAGGGGAGAACCUGAUCCUAGAUCAGCCCUCCUACUCUGAGACGCUUGGUACGUACGGCCCCAGUUUAAACCAUGAGACCUACAGUGAGCUCCAAAAGUAUUGGGACAGUGACAUUUUUUGUUGUUGUUUUGGCUCUGUACUCCAGCUAUUUGGAUUUUAAAUGAUAAAAUGAGGUUAAAGUGUUGACUAUCAGCUUUAGAAAGUACAGCACUUUUUGUACAUAGUCCCCCCAUCUUAGGGACCAAAACUAUUGGGACAAAUUCACUUAUAAGUGUAUUAAAGUAGUCAAAAGUGUAGUAUUUGGUCCCAUAUUCCUGGCAGCAAUGAUUACCACAAGCUUGUGACUUUCCGUAAUCAUGGUAGCAUUCACAUUAAUGUAUAAAUGUUUAGAAACGUAUUAACAAUAAAAGUGACUCCAAAAUGACACAAUACAUUAUUUACCAUUAAUUUCCAUUGGGCACAAAAUAAUCUGGAAAACAACCAAAACAAACAGCAAAUGAAUCCAACAAGUUUGUAGAGUCACGAGCUAAAUGUAAUUAUUGCGUGCUAGGAAUAUGGGACCAAAUACUAAAGUUUUGACUACUUUAAUACACGUAUUGGUGAAUUUGUCCCAAUACUUUUGGUCCUCUAAAAUGUACAAAAGGUGCUGUAAUUUCUAAAUGGUUCACCCAAUAUGGAUGUAAAUACCCUCAAAUUAAAGACAGUCUGCACUGACCUCAUAGUCAUUGUAUCAUUUCAAAUCCAAAGUGCUGGAGUACAGAGCCAAUAUAAAAACAACAUGUCACUGUCCCAAUACUUUUGGAGCUCACUGUACGCUUCUGUUGUGAAUGUAUCCUCAUCACUAAUCAGUUCAAUGUGCUUCUUUCCAAAGGAUGAGGUGAAUGAGAGCUCUGAUACAGUGAGUAAGGAGUAUGAGGAGCUGAAGAAACUCAAGAGGACCGGCUCCAUCCAGGCCAAAAACCUCAAGUCCAAGUUUGAGAAGAUCAAGCAGUUGAAAGACGAGGAGAUCCAGAAAAAGAUUGAGGACGUGAGAGCAAAGAGAAAGGCCGUAGACGAGGAAAUCAAAGAGAGGGAAGAAGAGCGGAUCCAGGAGGUAUAUAUUUGAGCAUGAUCCUUCAGAAUCGCUUUGGAACUCCAACGUGUUGGUCUGUAUCAUGUUGUUCUGAAAUCACUUACUCUGAGGGCUGUUUUUUCAGGAGGAUGAUGAAGGCAAAAAGGACACAGAGAAGGGGGCUGAGGAGGCUCCGUUCAGACAGAAGGUGGACAUGCGCGCACGGUUCGAACAAAUGGCCAAAGCCAGAGAGGAGGAGGAGAGGAAGAGGGUGGAGGAACAGAAGCUGCAGAGGAUGCAGUUCGAGCAGCAAGAGAUUGACGCCGCUCUCCAAAAAGUAAAUCCCUCUUUCACCGGGAUCAAUCAUCGAGUUUCUCGUUGUUAAACUGUGGGCAUCCUUGACACGCAUGACAUUCUCAAAAAGCAUGACAGUUCAGUUCAGUUCAGCCUGAAGUGGUAAUCGGGGAGGGGUUCCAAAAAUCUCAAAUGUGAUAUAAUGUGUCGUGUCUUUGGCAGAAAAGGGAAGAUGAGGAGGAGGAAGAGGGAAGCAUCAUCAAUGGCUCGGCAGCCUAUGAGGAUGAGGAAGACCACGCCAGGUCGGGGGCUCCGUGGUUUAAGAAGCCCCUGAAGAACCAAUCGGUGGUGGAUGCCGAGCCAGUGCGGUUCACGGUGAAGAUCACUGGAGAGCCCAAGCCGGAGGUGACCUGGUGGUUUGAGGGCGAGACGCUCCAGGACUGUGAGGACUAUCAGUACAUAGAGAGAGGGGAGACAUUCUGCCUCUACCUGCCAGAGACCUUCCCCGAGGAUGAGGGAGAGUAUAUGUGCAAAGCUGUCAACAGCAGAGGCACCGCUGCCAGCACCUGUAUCCUAACGAUAGAAAGUAAGCAAUUGUCCGUCUGACUGUCACUGCAUGCCUGCAUGAUACCACUUACUGUUUUGGUUUUCUGAUCUUCCUAUGAUUGGAUGGGAUCGCAUGCUCCUCUUCCUAUGAUUGGAUGGGAUCGCAUGCUCCUCUUCCUCAUUGGCUUGGUUCAGCUGCUUCAUCCAUGGGUAACCACCUCCCUUUUCUGUUUCUCUCUUCCAGCUGAGGACUACUGAUGCUCUCCUUUUUCUGGAACUUUUCCUGUCUCUCUCACUCCUUUUGUAAAACUUCCUAUCUCAUGGUAGGGCCAAAAAGAGGAGGAAACAGCAGUAUGCUAGCCAUUCCUUCUAGGGAUACACACAAAAUGAAAAGUGCAAGAUCAUGUUGUUUACGUCAUUCAUAAUUCAUCCCUUUCAGUAUUAUGUUUAGGAUGAAAUCUGUGCCAAAUCACAUAUUGGUCCCAUGAGUGAUUGCUGUCAUGAAUGAUAUUCAGAUUGAUUUUGUGAUCAUAUCAUAGAUCAUAACGCCUGUGCAUCUGGGAAAAUGUCCCUUCAAAGGUCAAAUUUCAGAAAGUUCCAUUUGAGAAUAUGGUGCAACCCAAUUUAAAGCCUUUUGAAAUCCCUGUGAAAUAGAUACAGCAGUAUGCACAAUCUAUCUGAAACAUUGGUUACUAAUCAAAAUAAUUAUCUGUUUAGGAUUUUUUAUCUAAAAAGGUUUUUCAUAUCCCCAAAGUUUUUUCCCAUGUUGAGCUAAAGUACAACUCUACAGGAAAUUCAAAUUUAUAUAGUUGUCUUGGACACUGUUGUAUGGUUUGAAAUAUAGUGACACAAUUGGUUUUAGGCUAGCAUGAAUAUUUGUGAUAUGUUUAUUAAAAGUUUUAAUAAAAUGUGCUAAAUACCA